AUGUUUCAAAGAACGAUUUCAGAAGCAGCUGGAGAAAGAUCUUUCAAAUGUUCGAUUGUAAAGGAGGUCAUUACAAUUGUUUCAGCUGAGCUGAAAGGAAUGACAGAAAGUUUGCCAGAGGAGGUACUUAGCAAUGAAAGUUUUAAAUUAUUGUGCAGUCGGAUUGAAGGAUUUCUAAGCUAUGAUGAACAUGAAAGGCAAACAAUGGGCAGAAGCUCAUUUGAGGAUAACGGGGACCACCUAUCACAAACAAAUGAAGUUAACAACAAGUCAUCAAUAUCAUCUCAGACAUGCCAUGAGAAUGAAAGUUCUAGAUAUGUUGGUGUUGCAAUUCAUGGGAUGAAAGAACUUAAUGAUCAAUUUGAACAUGGUGUCUAUGUUACCUUAAUACAACUACAGAACGGUUCAAAACUCUUCAAGAGAGUAAAAUUCAGCAAAAGAAGAUUCUCAGAGGAACAAGCAGAUGAGUGGUGGAAGGAAAACAAAGAUAGAUGGCUAAAGAAGUAUAACCCACCACCAUUGACAAGCAGUGAUGAAACUGAAUCAUCCGAUGGUCAUACUAGUACUACCACCUAG